CAACGCGCGGGCGCUAUUUCAAGAAAUAUAAAGUCCUGCCAACUAACGGUGACUUCUGUGUGUGUGUGUGUACGUGCGAAUUGCCAUUGUGUGUGUGUGUUUGUGUUUGCUUUAAGCCUGCUAAAAGCACAGAUGCCAAUAGUUGGCCAAAAAAAGAGGCCACAAAAUGUGGAAAAAAGUCCCGAAUGUAAACAAAAGUUGAAAGUAAAAAAUGUGCAUAAAAGUGAUUUAAAAAAUGUAAUUUAAAUGCUCGUCAAGUCAUGAAAUCGUACGACAUUUUUUCGCCAUUUAAAUGGAAAAUGGAAUAUGAAUUAAAAUGGUUUCUGAAAAAAACUACCAAUUAGUAAACAAAGUCUCAAUUGAAGGUGACAAACUGAUUAAGAAUUUAUUAAUUAGUAAACGUGUGGAUAAAAAGUGAAGCGCCAAAAGAAUUAUGAGAGUUAAUGCAGUGGAAUAAUUUUAGUUUUAACCCUUCAAUAAAAAAGUAUUUAACUACUUAAACAAAAAUAUUACACUAACCAUAAUGUAAGCUUUAACUUUGUUAAUUUAAAACACAUUUUCGCAAGAAGAUCAGAUAAUUUAUCGUUUUAAUUUACUCCAUCACUUAAAGUGAUUUUAAAAAAGUGAAUCCUUGGAAGUUUUUCGAGGAAAUGACGGGAGCUGACCACAUGCAGUGUUAAGUGCCAGCUUGUCCUUGACCGUCCCCCAAAAUUAAAAAGCAGGAGAUUGCAUGUGGGUGGCAGUUGAAAGAACAUAAAAAGAAAAUAUUCCUUGAAAGAAAACGCCAGCGCUCGCUUCGCCCCCACAAAAGAGGAUCAAGUGAAAGCUCUGCUAUUACGGAGAAAUUAAGAGACGGAGGUCCGCAGAGAAAUCCGUCGAACUCAAUGGUUUCUAUGGCGCUGCGCUAUUAAAUGUGGCAUAAGUGCAGCGGGAUCAUUACGCAACGUUCCCGCCAUCCCGAUUAAAGACUGGAAAAUGUCGGAAAUUGUGGACACCGAGCUGCUGGUGAACUGCACCAUCCUGGCCGUUCGGCGUUUCGAGCUGAAUAGCAUUGUGAACACUACGCUCCUCGGCAGUCUCAACAGAACCGAGGUGGUCAGCCUCCUGUCGAGCAUCAUCGACAACCGGGAUAAUCUCGAGAGCAUCAACGAGGCAAAAGACUUUCUAACCGAGUGCCUGUUUCCAUCGCCAACACGGCCGUACGAGUUACCAUGGGAGCAGAAAACGAUUUGGGCCAUCAUUUUCGGACUGAUGAUGUUUGUGGCGAUUGCCGGGAAUGGUAUUGUUCUCUGGAUUGUAACAGGACAUCGCAGCAUGAGGACAGUCACAAAUUACUUCCUGCUGAACCUGAGCAUUGCCGACCUGCUGAUGUCGUCGCUGAACUGCGUCUUCAACUUUAUAUUCAUGCUGAAUUCGGAUUGGCCAUUCGGUUCGAUUUAUUGCACAAUCAACAAUUUCGUGGCCAACGUCACGGUCUCCACCUCGGUCUUCACGCUUGUGGCCAUAAGUUUCGAUAGAUACAUCGCCAUUGUGCAUCCGCUGAAGCGCCGCACGUCGCGUCGGAAGGUGCGCAUCAUCCUGGUCUUGAUCUGGGCACUCAGCUGUGUGUUGUCGGCUCCCUGUCUGCUCUACUCCAGCAUCAUGACCAAGCACUAUUACAACGGAAAGUCGCGGACAGUUUGCUUUAUGAUGUGGCCGGAUGGACGAUAUCCCACUUCGAUGGCGGAUUAUGCGUACAACCUAAUCAUCCUGGUACUGACCUACGGCAUUCCCAUGAUAGUGAUGCUCAUCUGCUAUUCCCUGAUGGGUCGCGUCCUUUGGGGCAGUCGAUCGAUCGGUGAGAAUACGGAUCGCCAGAUGGAGUCCAUGAAGUCGAAGAGGAAGGUGGUGCGCAUGUUCAUUGCCAUCGUGUCCAUCUUCGCCAUCUGCUGGCUGCCGUAUCAUCUGUUCUUCAUCUACGCCUAUCACAACAACCAGGUGGCAUCCACAAAGUACGUGCAGCACAUGUAUCUCGGUUUCUAUUGGCUGGCCAUGUCCAAUGCCAUGGUCAAUCCGCUCAUCUACUACUGGAUGAAUAAGAGGUUUCGGAUGUACUUCCAGCGAAUCAUCUGCUGCUGCUGCGUGGGCCUCACCCGCCAUAGAUUUGACUCACCAAAGAGCCGGCUGACGAACAAGAACAGCUCCCAUCGGCACACAAGAGGUGGGUACACCGUCGCCCACUCGCUCCCCAACUCCUCCCCCCAGACCACCCAGACUAUUUUGGCCGUCCAGGCCCAGACUCAGACCCAGUUGCACUUGUCUCACCACUCACCACUCCCCCCGCAACCUUCCGCAGCGGAGACCAAAAGUCAGUGGAAACGCAGCACCAUGGAGACGCAAAUCCAGCAGGCGCCGGCCAACAGUACUGGCCGAGAUCAGCGGAAUGCCCAACAGACCCCAACUGGUGCUGGUAUUGGUGGACCCAAUCGAACGGCCGUCGAAUGCAUCAUGGAACGGCCGACGGAUGGUACUAGUUCGCCACUUUGCCUUUCGAUUAACAACAGUGUUGGCGAGCGGCAGCGCGUGAAAAUCAAAUACAUCUCCUGUGAUGAGGACAAUAAUCCCGUGGAGCUCAGUCCCAAGCAGCUGUGAUGUUGUCCCGAUUUGUCCUGCCACUGGAACGGAUUGUGAAUCCUGGCCAUCGCUUCGUUUCGCUGCGGGGGAAAUGCAAUUUGCCGCUGCUUACUCUACUCUGUACAUACACCCGAACCCCACAAAGAGAAGAUAAAUGUUGGCUCAGCAGGGUGGAUCGAUUGUGGGGUUAAGGAAAGUUUUAACACUUCAAUAAAUUGGAGAACUUAAUAUGAUUUAAAAUAUUUCUAGGAAAUUGGCAUCAUGGUUUAAGGUUAGAAUAUACUUUUUAACUCUCUUUUAUUUAAAUAUUUAUUAAUAGCUAUUUAUUAAUAGUUAAUGGAGAAGCGAAGUAUCUUUGGUUUCCCUUUCAACUUUUUAGUUUUUAUUAUUAACUUUAAAAUCCCCCAAAAUCGAACCACCCUAAUGCAAAGUCAAAGUCGAAUUUCCGGUUGUCAAAAGAAAAUACUUCAGCAAGAAGGAAAAAACUUACCAAUAAAUUGAAUUUGUAUGUAUUUGUAUAGAGAAUCUAUCGACACUUUAACCAUCGAAGAGCUGUAAGUUUUAACUGUUGUAAACAUUUUAGGCUAAGCCAAGUUUGUAAAUACAUUCCGUGUAUAUCUGACAAGAAGUACUACAUAUAUAUAUAUCUCUGCGUAUAUGUUUGUGCCAUUCGUUUGAGUAAAUGAAUUAAACGAGUCAUGGAAUCUCUCACUUUAAGCUGUUUAAAGCUCACUCUAUUACUAGAAGAAGAAUUCAUGUUGUUUGGUUUGGUUUUUGCCUAUGCCAUCUGUAAAUACAUAUAUAUACGAGUAUAUAUAUAUUUAAAUAUAUGUAAACAUCGUUGUGAAAUGACGAAUCAAAGUGUGUAAUUGAUUUGAAUAAACUUA